UAAACUCUGAACUAACCAAACGCUAGCUCUCCCAAUACGUACUAGGUAGACUGCCAUGGACGCUGACCGGGACUCCUCCAGCCUCGCCACCGACGACGAGCUCCUGAGAGCGCAGGCCGAGCUGUGGAGCCACGUCUUCGCGUACACCAAGUCCAUGGCCCUCCGAUGCGCAGUCGAGCUCGGCAUCCCCGACGCCGUCCACCGCCGCGGCGGCUCAGCCACGGUGCCCGACCUCGUCGCCGAGCUCUCCCUAACGCCCUCCAGGGCGCCGUACCUGCGCCGCCUCAUGCGCCUGCUCGCGCACGCCGGUUUCUUCGACGCCCGGUCAGAGGAGCAAGACACCUAUUACGUGCUCACCCUGCUCUCGCGCCUCCUCGUCUCGGCGCCCGGCGCGGGGCAGGGCCUCUCGCCGUUCGCGCUCGCCAUGCUGCACCCCGUGAUCGUGUCCCCGUCCAUGUCGCUGGCGUCGUGGUUCCGAGGCGCGGCCGACGGCGCGCGCGUGCCGUUCGCGGCCGCGCACGGCGGGCGCGAGCUCUGGGCGGUGGCGAAGGACGACCCGGGGUUCGGCGCGGCGUUCAACGACGCCAUGGCGUGCGACGGGCGGUUCGUGAUGGACCUGCUCGUGCGCGGCCACGGGGGGCAGGACCUGUUCCGGGGGCUCGCCUCGCUGGUGGACGUGGGAGGUGGGUCCGGCGGCGCCGCCAAGGCCAUCGCCGCCGCGUUCCCACACGUCAAGUGCAGCGUGCUGGAGCUGCCGCGCGUCGUCGCUAGCGUCCCGCCGGGCGACGGCGGCGUGGAGUUCGUCGCCGGGGACAUGUUCGAGCACGUCCCUAAGGCCGACGCCGUCCUCCUCAAGUGGAUUCUGCACGGGUGGGGGGCCGAGGAGUGCGUGAAGAUACUGCGGCGGUGCAGGGAGGCGGUGCCGGCCGGCGGCAGAGUGAUCGUGAUGGACCUGGUGGUGGGAUCGACCCCGGAGGACACGAGGAUGACGGAGACGCAGCUGUUGUGGGACGUGAUGAUGAUGGGAGUGGUAGGGAGCCCGGAGCGGGACGAGCGCGAGUGGCGCAAGAUAUUCAACGACGCGGGCUUCAGCGGAUACAAGAUCCUGUCCAUCCUAGGGAUCCGCUGUACCCUUAGAUUUCUUCUUGUCAUUGUUUCAAACAGGUAA